UAAACCUGCAUCCCAACCCAUCUAACCGAUUCAACAAACAUUCCAUACUACUUGUAUAUUGUUUCUCUCUCUCUCUCUCUCUAAACUGGUCUCUCUGUCGCCAGCAUAGCUAUGGAAUUGAGCGCCAGUGAAGUAGUAACCCAUGAAUUCCCCCCAUACUUCCGGGUAUACAAAGACGGCCGCAUCGAACGCUUCAAAAAGUUCACACCCGUCCCCGUGACCGUCGAGCCCAAAACGGGUGUCAAAAUCGGGGACGUCACGAUCUCCCCCGAAAUCGGAGCUCGCAUCUUCAAGCCCAAAAUCGACGGUCCAGGCCAAAAGCUGCCCCUCGUCGUCCACUACCACGGCGGGGCCUUCUGUGUGGGGUCACCCUUCGACGCCACCACCCUAGUAUUCCUCUCCUCUCUGGCCUCGGAAGCCAGAGUGAUCGCCGUUUCCGUGGACUAUAGGCUUGCCCCAGAGCACAAACUGCCAAUCGCAUACGACGACUCGUGGUCCGCGUUCCAGUGGAUUUCUACCCACUCGAAUGGGAACGGACCCAACCCGUGGCUAAAUAAGUUCGCGGAUUUUGACCGGGUUUUCUUGAUGGGCGAGAGCGCUGGGGCCAACAUAGCCCAACAAGUGGCAGUCAAGGCCGGGUUGGGUGGAUUAGACAUGUUUCGGAUCCAUGGCUUAAUCAUGGCGCACCCGUAUUUUGCGGAUCACGAACCGGACAAGUUGAUCCAGUUCUUGUACCCGGAAAGUAGCGGGGCGGAGGACGACCCGAGGUUGAACCCAAAGUCGGAUCCGGAUUUGGGGAAAAUGGGUUGCCCGAAGGUGCUCGUUUGCGUGGCGGAUAAGGAUUGGUUUAAGCCAAGAGGUGUGACCUAUUGUGGGACCUUGAAAAGUAGUAUUUGGAAAGGUGACGUGGAGUUGGUGGAAACUGAAGGGACCCACUGUUUCCAUGUGUUUGAUCCCAGUAGUGAAGAGGCUGGGCUAUUGAGGCAAAGGUUUGGUUCUUUCAUAAAUCAAGCUUGAUUGAUAGCCUUUUGGUAAUUCAUUAAUUUGGUUGUGUUUAAUCUCCAAAUUGAAAAUAAUUGUUGUGUGAUUUACCUCUUCUUAUUUAUUUUGAUUUGGGAAAAGCCACUAGGUGGAAGAAGGCAUGUGGUAAAAUGUUUACAUUUUAAGUGAUUCAGAAAAAGUCGCCAACAUUUUGGAGUGACUAUGAACGCUACUCUCAUUCUUAUCGAUGGUUUAAUUGUUUGAUUA